AUGAACUUUUCAGAGAUCGUUCUWGAAAUAUACGAGUAUUUWAAAGGAACGGCUAAGUCUGGAGAAACACCCAUCAAGAGUYUUGCCAUCUCCAUUUCCGUUUACUUUGCUCAAGAGUUCUUUAAACUCAACGUCUUCAUCUGUCCUGUCGAACAUUAUCGUGUUUAUGGCAAUUUAUUCUUAUUUGGUCCUGCUCUGGUAUUAUUUUGUAUAUCCAUUCUGGUAUCAGAAUCGUUCUGGCAUUUAACUACUGGGGCUGUAUGCUGUCGUAGAGUAAUCUGGUGGAAGCAACGUAAGAUCAUAUACCUCGCUACCUUGCCCCCAUUGAUUUGGCUCAUUCUGGUUUUCGGAGAUGCCAAUUACUACGUCUGCGCUAAGAUAGGUCCUCUUAAAAAAGCUGAAGCAGCGGUGGACAACGCUGCUGACAAAGAAGCCYUGGACUUAAAAAUAUCGAACGCCCGCACAGAGUCUCAGAUUAUAGCAUGGGGAUUGUUGAUUUCAACGGUUAUUAUUGCCACAAUUGUCCUAACAAUAGAUCGAUGUAUGUCAAGACCUGGAUCAAAAAUUACAAGACCGGAUGACUUCCAAGAGCUUGAGGCAGACUUUGCUGURGAUGAAUUUAAUAAAAGAAUAAAGCCCUUGGCUGAAACAAAAGCAAAGCAAGUUAUCGAAGAUUUAUUUGAGGAAUUGAAAAGCAAGGAACCUGAGGAGAUUGUGACCCAUGGGGAGGGGUACCUGGCAAAGAAGUACCCCACCCAUGGGGGCAUAAAAGGCCUCGYUUGCUGUACAAUUGCGGCGCAGGAGGAAAACUUUGCAUAAGCAACAAUUACAAAGAAGUCGGGCCUCAGCCAUGCACUGUAAGAAUAACUUUUGCUAAAGUUGCUCAUAUGGAAGCCUUUGAUAACAGUUAUGGGCAACACCGUAGUGAUUACGAAGUCAAAUGUACUUAAUUAAAAAUUGAGCAGUGCGUAUAUCAGUACAUGAUGGUAUAUAGAAACUGAAAUAWAAGUAAAUGUUUUAGCAGAGCAAGCGUAUUUUUCUCGGGACUCUUGUGGAAUACCGAGUUAAAGAUUUAUACRUUUCUUUUUCAUAGSCAAAUUGGCGCGCACGCGCAGUGAUAUCKAUGGUGAACACAGGUGCUACUUGUCUGUUUUUGUUAAGAUAAGAAAACUUAUGACAAUU